CUCGCUUCCCCUCUUCUCUCUCUUCUCCUCCUCCUCCUCCUCCUCCUCUCCUCUCUUCUCCUCUCCUUUCCUUUCCCUUCCUUCCUCCUCGCUCAUUCUUUCGCUCUCGUCACAUCAACCAAUGUAUCCAUCACUGAAGUGACCCCCCUCUUCCUGGGCUUUUCCCUUGCCAUUCAUUCUUCCUUUGGAUCUGACCAUCGCCAUUCUUUCUCUACAUUUGGGUCCCACUUCUUUUGUCACUCUUUGAUCUCUUGCCGAGCCCGUAUCCUUCCUUUUAGCGUAAACGGCUAUCUCCCAGCAUACCACAUUCGUCUUAUCGUGUCUCCAAGUCGGCCCCGCAGUUGCUCGGCAGGUACAUGUGAGCAUCUGUAUCAUUGAUAUAAAUUACAUUUUCCAGUGACUGUAGCCAUGGUCUCAAUGUCAGCCCUGCGACACGGGCUUGGGGUCCUCUAUCUUGCUGGCUGGCUGGGGGCGUCGCUGGCUGCCACCACCGAGCAAUGGAAGUCUCGGUCAGUCUAUCAGACCAUGACGGAUCGCUUCGCACGCACUGAUGGCUCAACCACCUCCCCCUGCAACACCACAGAGGGUCUGUACUGUGGUGGCACCUGGCGCGGCAUGAUCAACCACCUCGACUACAUCCAGGGAAUGGGCUUUGAUGCCGUCAUGAUCUCCCCUAUCAUCGAAAACGUCGAAGGUCGCGUGGAGUAUGGAGAAGCCUAUCACGGCUAUUGGCCCUUGGACCUGUACUCUCUCAACUCGCAUUUUGGUACGCACCAGGAUCUGCUCGAUCUGAGUGACGCCCUGCAUGCUCGCGACAUGUAUCUGAUGAUGGACACGGUCAUCAACAACAUGGCUUACAUCACCAAUGGCUCCGACCCCGCCACCCACAUCGACUACUCAACCCUCACCCCCUUCAACAGCUCGUCUUACUAUCAUCCGUACUGUAAGAUCACCGACUGGAAUAACUUCACCAACGCCCAGCUAUGCCAGACCGGUGACAACAUUGUGGCCCUGCCCGAUCUGUAUACCGAGCAUGCCGAGGUUCAAGAAACGCUGAGCAACUGGGCAAAGGAUGUCAUAUCCACCUAUUCCAUUGACGGUCUCCGCAUCGAUGCAGCAAAGCAUGUGAACCCAGGCUUUCUGAAGAAUUUCGGCGAUGCUUUGGAUAUCUUCAUGACUGGCGAAGUGCUGCAGCAAGAGGUCAGCACGAUCUGCGAUUACCAGAACAACUACAUCGGCAGUCUCCCGAAUUAUCCCGUCUACUACGCCAUGUUGAAGGCCUUCACCCUGGGCAACACCAGCGCCCUGGCCACUCAAGUCCAGGAGAUGAAGAAUUCCUGCCAUGAUGUGACCGCCUUAUCCUCGUUCUCUGAAAACCACGAUGUCGCACGAUUUGCCAGCAUGAACCCGGACAUGGCUCUCGCGAAGAAUAUUCUUACAUUCACUCUUCUCGCCGAUGGUGUACCCAUGAUUUAUCAAGGUCAGGAGCAGCAUUUGGAUGGCCCCGGCAGUCCCAAGAACCGAGAAGCGAUCUGGCUCACUGAGUACAAUACCGACGCCGAGCUCUACAAAUUGAUCGGCAAGUUGAAUGCCAUCCGGAAGCACGCCUACCGACUCGAUAAUCACUAUCCGGAUGUUCAGACGUACCCCAUCUUCGAGGGUGGCAGUGAACUGGGAUUCCGCAAGGGAGUCGAAGGCCGGCAAGUGGUCAUGCUUCUGUCCACGCAGGGCACCAACAGCAGCGCCUACAACCUCUCGAUGCCGGUGAGUUUCACGGGCGGCACGGUUGUGACCGAGAUUCUGAACUGCAUCAACUACACGGUCAAUGCCCAGAGUGAACUCGUGGUUCCGAUGGAUAAAGGAGAGCCGCGCGUGUUCUUCCCAGCGGAUCUGAUGCCCGGCAGUGGGCUGUGCGGACUUCCUGUCGCAAAUGUCACCUAUGCUGCCUUGAAGACGCAGGGUGCAGCGGCGGCCGAGGCUGCCUUGUCGCUGGGCAUCAAGACUGAUGCAACUUCUAGUGCUUUGCUUUCCCUGGUGCUGUCUGUGGUAGCGGGUCUGCUUGUGGGGAUGUGGUAAUAUGCUGAUAGCUACAGAUGGGAUGAGAUAUAUUAUCUGUUUCUGUGUUCUUUGUAUGUAUUUGCAGUAACGAUACCCUUACCUAGUAUUUUGUAUAUAUUCAACUUCACAAUAUUC